UUACCUUUUACGUAUUUCUGGUAGCAGGGGUUGUUGCCUUGGCUUCUAGCGCAAUCCGCUAUAAAAAGAAGCUAAUCCUAUGCUCUUUCUAUCCUUGUCUUUCACUCUUUCACUCCUUGUGUGGGAAGAACCUUAUCAGGUGAAAUUAGCCAUGGCCUCUUCUCUCGUCCUCCCAUCUCUCUCUCCCAAGGCCCCAGCUUUCUCUAUAACCAAAAACCCUUCCAUCUGUCUCUUCUCUUCCUCUCUGUCUCUGACCAAUUCCCAGAAUAAACCCAUUUCAGUUUCCUCUUCUUCUCCCUACCAAAUUCUGUCGUCUCGUUUCGUCCCCAAGGUAGCUGUUUCGUCGGAAUUCGAACAAGAAGAGGAGGUUUUGAGCGAUGGAGGCGAAGCUCCUUUCUCUCCUGACUUGAAACUCUUCGUGGGUAACCUCCCCUUCAGCGUUGAUAGCGCCGGGCUCGCUGGUUUGUUCGAACAAGCAGGAAAUGUUGAGAUGGUUGAGGUAAUUUAUGACAAGCAAACCGGAAGAAGCCGGGGAUUUGGGUUUGUGACCAUGUCUACGGUUGAGGAAGUUGAAGCAGCUGUUCAGCAGUUCAAUGGUUAUGAACUUGAAGGGAGGGCAAUAAGGGUGAAUUCUGGACCUCCCCCUCGUAAGGAAGAGUUUUCGUCAAGGGGAUCACGAGGCGGGACAAGUUUUGAGGCACCUCAUAGGGUCUACGUGGGCAAUCUUUCAUGGGGUGUGGAUGACUUGGCCCUUGAGAGCUUGUUCAGUGAACAAGGAAAAGUGAUGGAGGCCAAGGUGGUGUAUGAUAGGCAGAGUGGUAGGUCAAAGGGUUUUGGAUUUGUCACCUAUAGCUCUGCUGAGGAUGUCGACAAUGCAAUUUCGUCCUUGGAUGGUGCUGAUUUGAAUGGCAGACCAAUCCGUGUAUCAGUGGCAGAAGCGAGGCCAAGACGACAGUUUUGAUUGUUAUACCUCUUCAACUUAUUUUUAAGUGAAGAAAGUUAAAACGUUAGGUUGAUUUUAACCCCCAGUCAUUUUAGUUAUUUUUUGUUUCAUUCCUUUAGUCAUAAUAUGCUUUUGUGACCUGUUUUCUCAACUCAUUCACAUGGUUGAGCAGUAAAAAACAUUCUAUUUAGCUGGAAUUAUUAUGUGAUCUUUCCUGGAUAAGUCACUUGUGUUA